UCACACUCGAGACUCGCCCGGCCAGGACCGGAGUUUAGCUCUGCCGAAGAAGUGCUGCUUGUCUCUUGAUCAUCUCCCACGCCUCUCCUUCUUCUGCCACAUUUACCGCCGUCUUCGCUUUGCCCACACAAAUUCACUCAUCGUUCAAUCAAACCUGUCGCAAAUGUCUGCUGCAACCAGCACUGCUGGGCCGGCCACCUCGGGCUCGGCCUCAGCCACACCGGCUCCGGAUCCGAAGAUAGCUCGGCGGCUUCAAAACGUCAAGAACCUCAUCAUCGUAUUGUCUGGCAAAGGCGGCGUGGGCAAGUCAUCCGUCACUUCACAGCUGGCGUUAUCGCUCGCCUCUCAAUCGGAUCCCAUUACGGGUCUUCGGAACAAGGUGGGGGUGCUGGACGUGGACCUGACCGGACCUUCUAUACCCCGUAUGCUUGGAUUGGACGGACAAGCGGUCAGGCAAUCUUCAGAUGGCUGGGUGCCCGUGUAUGCGGACAGGGAACAAAGUUUGGCUGUGAUGAGUGUCGGAUUCUUGUUGAGAAGCAAAAAUGACAGCGUGGUGUGGCGAGGACCAAAGAAGAACGCUAUGAUCAAACAGUUCCUAGGAGACGUGCGGUGGGGUCCAUUGGAUUACCUCAUCCUCGACACUCCGCCCGGCACAUCGGACGAGCAUAUAUCACUUCUAGAGUAUCUGCACCACUUCAACCCUUCCGCCAUCAUGGUGACAACGCCACAAGCCCUGUCUCUCGCCGACAACUUGCGCUCGCUAGACUUUACGAAGAAGGUGAAUCUUCCCCUGCUAGGUCUGGUGGAAAACAUGAGCGGCUACGUCUGUCCACACUGUACAGAGUGCACCAACGUCUGGGGAAAGGGCGGUGGAGAAGCACUUGCGGGCCGGGAGGGUUUAAGGUUCUUGGGCAGGAUACCCAUCGACCCGGGCCUAGUCAGAGUUCUGGACGAUGCUAAGGAAGAAGCGACUAAGGCUGUGCACGAGGCCAAGAUGGGCCCCAUGGCGCCAACUUUCAACGAUCCGAGCAGCGGAAACAGCAUAGCAAAGGAAGUCGAGAAUUUGCAGCUGACCAAAGAGGAUGCGCAAGCGCAAGCCGAGUCUACCAGCUCGAUCACUCGGCCCCUCGCUCCUCUGUCCAACGUCGCUCCUCCCGCAAUAGCAGCCGAGAGCUCGACACCGGCAGGCACGGCAUUGAGCAGAACCAUAAUACAGCGGUACAGGGACAGCGCUACCUUCCCGAUCUUCCAAAUCAUCACCAGCAAGAUCAUCCAGGCUGCUGCCGAACAUGCUCACCAACGCACAGCUGGUUAUCCUUGAGGUGUGCGACUAGUGCCUCUGGAGGGUCGCCUGUGCAAAUUGCUAUACCAUUAUCAAUGCU